GAUUGUUACUUCACAACCAUCUGCUCCAUGUUUAAAAAGAAAAGAUCCGGUUGAAUAGGUGGAUGGUCCCGGGUAUGGAGGAAAACAAGCUGUAAAAUAUGCGCUGCUCUCCACCGAUUUCCCUCAGGAAUAGUUUUAAUUUUCGGACAGCAUGUCCUUAUCAGCAGUCACAGUCGCUCUCCAGUUUUUCCUAUUUACUUUCGCCGUCUUGAACGCAUCAGGCGCCCAGACGUUGACCAUCACCCCUGGCAAAGGCAGCACCUUCAACAUUAGCAGGAGUCAGGACAAGGGGUCAGGGUGCACUGUAUGCUCUGGGGCGGGACGUUCGCGACAAUGUGGACCAUUUGCCCUGCUAAGAGACAAUGGUGCUUACUCAGUGGAGUUUAACUGUGCCAAACCACAUGAUGUAUUCAGUGUGGAAAUUGUACGAAAUAUAGAGUGUACCACAAAGUCCUGUAAUGGACAUAUCGUCCUGACCGAAUCUGACUCCCUUCCUUUGCUACAAUUCGACCGCACAUUCACCUGGAACCUGAAGGCUCCCACGGCACAAGCCUUCCAGAUAGACUUCACCAAGAUGGGUUUGAGACAGAUAAAUCCUUCAGAGAGCUGUCCAGACAAACACACCUUCACUCUUGAGGCCAGGGGGAAUGUGUCCAUCGGGAAAUACUGCAAAAAGGGCACAAUCAUUAGUGCUCAGGUACUGAAUCAGGGCAGGUUUUCUCUGCAUGUUCCUGCCAAACAGAAGCUGCAAAAUGCCAAGUUUGAUGUGUCCACUGGGGAGAAAAUCAAAUCCCUUGCCAUAAUUAAAGUGCUUGUACCAGAGGGGACCUCGUCUUCAGAGUUGUUCUCUCCGAACUACCCCAACAGUUUUUCUGAUGACGACAUGAUAGAGUGGGACUUUCAAGUUCCAGCCAAACACAAAACGUAUGUUCAAUUCUCGAACCACAUGCUACCCCAAUGCCGAAAGAAGCCUGCACUGGAGUACCAAAGCAAAAGAAAUGUGAACUUCUCACUCUCGAUGACGGACACCAAGCCAGUCCAAACUGAGGGGAACUUCUCCCUGAUCCUGAGGAACUGUGAGAUGGACAGGAGGCAUAAAAAUUCUCCUGGACUCAACCUAAACUUCAAGGUCUCUGCUGCUAAGAUGAAUUCUCCAGUGGUGUGUAGUGUGGCUUCGCAGAAGGGCUUUUCCCUUUACAUUGAGAAGAAGAGACCGGGCUCUGAGUGUGAGCUGAAGAUGAAAUCUGUCACCCAGGAGAAGAUUACUGUUCCACCAGGCAGCACUACUCAGGUGUCGCUCCAGGACUGCCUUCCUGAAGACCUGCACAUUACUGCCAGGACAGUCAUAGAAUGUUACCAACUCAAAGACUGUCCAAAGGCUCCUGUCCUGUUGACUGUGCCUGUGCUGCCGGACUGCCUUCCUGCCCCCCUCAGCAAUGUGACCUGGACCCUCCGCUCACCUCCACAUGGCACCGUAGAGCUCCGCUCUCCCAAUGGUACCCUCAGACAGUCCUUACCUGGGCAGCCAUGUAAUGACAGCAUCGUUGUCAAAUUGGCUGAGGAUGAUGGCACAUGUCUUGGACACUUUUGCUCUCAGGGAGCCAUCAAGAAGGUCCAGAUCCACACCAACAUGACAGUCACUGCCUACAGUACAGGGAAUAAAGCACAAAUGUCCCCUAAGCCUGUGCUAAGUGCCUUUUUCAGAGAAGAGAUUUCAGAUAGGUACAUAUUCACGGUGUCUCCAAAGAAAGGCAUUCCUGUCCAUGUAGCCACUCCUGGCUGGCCCGGAGGAAUGAAGCCACAUUCCACCGUCUCCUGGAUUGUCUCUGUGCCCUCUGGGAUGGGUGCUCACUUAAUGUUUGCCAACCUCAGCCAGCCCAAGUGCAGCAAAGGCCACGCCAGUAUCUGGGUACAGAGCCUGGGCUCCCAGGAGGAGAUGUACAGCCGCAGGGAGGAUGAGGAGGCUGACAGUGAGAUCACCGUCUACAAGAGCUUCUAUCUCAACAUGUCCAACUGUCUGCCUGAAAAAGACAGCUUCAGUGUUGUCACACAGAUCACCUUGCAUAAGAACAAAAAUCUGCUGCUGACUGUCAUCCUGAGUGUGGUGGCUGCUCUACUGGCCAUUUUUAGCAUCGUUCUGGCAGUGGUUUGUGUGGUGAUCAGGAAGAAGAAGAAAAAGUUGCAUCAUCAGGUGUCCAUCUACAAUCCUAAUGGCACCAGCUCAUGGCCAGAACCCAACGGCAUCCCCAAAUCCCUCGACGACGACUCGCAUGUCUAUGCCACCAUUGAAGACACUCUGGUGUACACACACCUGUUGAGAAAGGGGGAGGAGAUGGGCAUCUAUGGAGAACAUGACACAUACCAGGAAUUCACAGGGCCCACAGACGCACCCAAGCCAGCAGUCUCCAUGACCACCGUCCCCAAUAAGGUGGAAGGUAAUGAUUACCGAUCAUUCAGGCCCCCAUCCCACCAUGCUCCCCCACUUCCAAACAGGCCUCCAAGCCAAGGCCAACACAUGGUGGACAAUGAGCUUUACCACAAUGAGCUUUACCACACUGAGCGACAAAGUGAGGAGGGUCAUUUUCCAGAUGUUACUGGGAGCAGAGAGCUGGGUCCGAGGCUGGAUCCAGAGGGAGGGAACUGAAGAGAAGAUUCGGCCUGCUCCUUUUUGCUUGGACAACAUGCACUCUGUAAUAUCUAUUCCCUGGCAUCUAUGUGACUAUGUGAUAUCUUGCAGUUCAGCUGUGCAAAAAAGGCUUUAUUUUCAUUUUCAGCUGUAGUUUUUCACAAGAGCCAGUCAUACAAGUUAAACUUGUUCAAACCUGCCCGGCUAGUUACCUCAUUUCAUCAUAGAUGAAGAUACCUUUGUUCUGAUGGCAGUACUAUUCCACUCUCUCAGUGCCAGAUAUGCCUUAAUAGUGCUCAUAUUCUUUUGAUUUUAAGUUGAUUUUAAGUGAUGAAUGUCUUUUUUGUGAGCUACAUUGUGUGGUGUUAGUUUUUUUUGUUAGUUACACCAUGUAUGUCUGUAUAAAAGUAACAUCAUGUGUAUAUAACAGAUGUUUUUUAUAUGUCAUUGUCUAAGAAAUACAAAUAUUUUCAUUUUGAUCAUUAAACAGUAAAAUGUGCCUGAACAACAGCCACAGAGUAGAGGAAGCUGAAGUUGUCUUACUGUCUAUGUGCAGUCAGUGUGUAAAUAGUUACAUCUCACAAAGAAAUGCCACUUUGUUUUUUCUUUGCCGUGUUACAUUCAAGUAAACUAAGUGUUUGUGCAACUUUGUAUUUCACAGUUUGUCAUUUGUCAUUUUUCACAGUUUGCAGGUUUCCUGGAUUUCAUGGAAAUCCACAUCUGCUGUUUUGCUCAUCUGAACAGAUCGGCUCACCAUCGGGUCGUAUUUUGUACCUGGCAUGUAUGCACAAAAUGCAAAGCGGCCAAGCAGUUACAGUGUAUCAAAACGUUUCUACACAGAGCAGUUUUUUUCCACAUUAGACUGACUAGGAAGAUACCAUAAAAUCCACAGGCUCCCCCAGAGGAAAAGUACAAGUCAAAUUUCUAAGGCAAAUAUGAGAAAAACACACACACACAAACACACACACAGAAUAAAUGGUGUAUUCUCAGUUAAUCUGUUUGUAAUUAUAUCUGUACUCUGAGCUCCUGUCAGUCAGACUUGAAAUGUAUUAAUUUUUUGUGAAGCCAUGC